AUGGCGACGUUCUCCUUACGAAAGUCGGCGUCCUUGCUAUUAUUUAGCAGGAGGCUGUUGAGGCCGGAGCUGAAUAGAAUUUGCUGUUAUCACGACAAGGUGGUGGACCAUUAUGAAAACCCGAGAAACGUGGGCUCUUUGGACAAGAACUCCAAAAAUGUGGGGACAGGACUUGUAGGGGCCCCAGCCUGUGGGGAUGUUAUGAAACUACAGAUCGAAGUAGAUGAAAAUGGAAAGAUAGUGGAUGCAAAAUUCAAAACCUUCGGCUGCGGAUCAGCUAUAGCCUCCAGUUCUCUGGCCACAGAGUGGGUGAAAGGGAAGUCGGUCGACGAAGCUCUGAAGAUUAAAAACACAGACAUUGCUAAAGAACUCUGCCUUCCUCCAGUUAAGCUUCACUGUUCUAUGCUCGCGGAAGAUGCCAUAAAAGCAGCGCUUUCAGACUACCGACUGAAACAAGACAAGAACGAGGAACGUGCCAAAGCCAGCAACUGA